AUGCGCCCUCUUACCGUAGCCGUGCUGGUGGCGGUGGUGGUGGACGUGGCGGCAGCCGUCGUCUCGUCGACGCCUCUACCGUCGACCCUGUCGCCACUGUCCGCCUCGGGCUCCUCACAGGAUCUCUGCUCCGUAUACGACCCCUUCAAAGUGUUGCCCGACAAUAAUAAGUUCCAAAUCGGCGGCUCGUUCCCGCUGCACGCCGAGGAUUGUCGCGAGCUGCGCCCUGACACUGUUCAAGAAAUCGUGGCAAUCCAGUGGGCGCUGACCCAUUGGAACCAGAACCCGAACAACUUCAACGCGAAGCUCGGCCUCUAUGCCGGCGACUCGUGCUCCAGCCUCCGUUUCCUCGACUCUCUUGGCUUUUUGGAGCCGGCGGAGUGCCGGAAUCAUGCUCCACCCGCCCGAUUGCUAGGAGUGAUCGCCCCGAAAGACGCCGGCUCUUCCGGUCUCCUUGGCCGCGUCGUUGGCCAAGCCGCACUCCCCGUGGCCUCGUACUCCUUGGAAUCGUCGACCGUCCUCGCGCAUCUUCACCCACAGACGUUGAUCUCCACCACCCCGACAAUUGCUGUCUAUAUUGAAGCGGCCAUCCGUGUGCUCGGCCAAUUCCGCUCCAACCUCGUGAUCCUCGUCGACAGCGGGGCCGACCCGGCACUCACCCAAGCCGUCACAAAGCAGCUGAAAGAAGCCGAUAUCCACGUGGCCGAGACGGUGUCCAUCGGCGAACAGGCUCUCAUCCCGGCCCUCACCACGUCGGAGGCCACCAUCGUGCUCUCGAUCCUCAACCUCGAUCAGCUCAUCUCGGUCACCACUCACUCGCUCGUGUCUUCGCUUGAGAAACUGUGGGUGAACGUGGCGCUGGAGGGUGAAGCGUUGCCUGAUGAUGAACUGCCAGCGCUCGUUCCCGAGGGUGCUGCCCUACAGGUGACGCUGAUCCAACCGCGAUUCUCCGAAUUGCCCCAAUUCCGCGACUACUUCCUGCGCGUGCUGAAGAACAACUACCAGAGCUAUUCGCUGCUCACCUCAUAUGUUAAUCAGGUCUACAAUUGCACGGAAGACGAUUGCGAGCUGGCCGAUGCGAUGAUGGCCGAGAAAUAUGUGCAGAGUCGCCACACCGAAGCCGCCAUCCGACUCGCCUACACUUUUGCCGCGCUCGGCGCCAAGGUUGCCGCCGACGCCAAGAAGCUCAAGAUCUGCGAGCACGCCGACCCGGAGUGCACGGCACUGUUGCUGCGCGAGCUGGAGACGCUCGAGUAUACCUUUACCGCCAACGACCCGGCGGAGUUCGGCGGGCAGACGCUGCACUUCUACAGGGCCAAGGAUGGUGUCCUGGUGGCUAGUGGUAUGAUAAUCGAAGCCGUGGAGGCGUGGAGGGAUGAAGAUGAUCGUAUCGUGCAAUAUAAACUUCUCGAGUACACCACGGGGAAGAAACCAUCGGUCGUCGUCGCUUCAUUGCGAGCAAGAAGCUCGCAGCCGCGGUCGAUUUGCAUGCCGCAUCGGCCGUUCUGCGGCGUUUGCCCCCAGGUGGAGGCCGUCUCCAACGAGAAGUACUUUGUCUCGAUCCCACGCACGUAUCCCGUCUAUCUAUCCGGCCUGUUCUCGCUCCACUCCGGCGCUGCGUGCGAAGAGAUGCGCGACACAGACAUUUCUCUGCCGAUGGCAUUCAUCCACACGGUCUGGACGUUCCGCCAGCGAUUCCCGCAGCUCCGUCUCCUGAACGGGCUCGACUUUGGUGCGCUGCUCGUCGACACAUGCGCCAGCGGCAAGCAGGCUAUGGAAUGCGUAGUGCGCUCGGAGACGCAGUGCUUCCGUUUUGCCCAGGCUGAUCGGAACAUCACGAUCGUCCCGGGAAGCGUGUUCGGCUAUGUGUCAGCGCUUGAGGGUGAUGCUCAACAGGCUCUACGAGGAUAUUUCGCUUCUGGUGAUACUCCAGUGGCGCUGGUCUCCGCCGACCCGGAUGUCCUUUCCCCAACCGAAUCCUUCUCCGCCAUCCCAUCAGCUCGUGCUCAGGCUCAAGCCAUCCUGAGACUGCUCUCCCGCAUGAGCUGGGAAUUCGUGACGGUCGCCCUCUCCGAAAACGACGCCGCCUCCCUCUCCGUCUUCCGCCACUUUGAACGGCUCGCCGCCGAUUCUGGCGUGUGCCUGGCCGAAGUGGUCAACCUCUCAGGUGAAGCUCCAGCCUCCCCCGGCUCGAGCACCAACGUCACCGUCGUCUUCGCCACCGCCAAGGACGCGGCUUCGUACUUGGCUGCCGGGCAUAAUCAGGUGCACGUGCUCGUCGGCGACGCCCACGAUUUUUACCUCCAUGUGCCGAGCGACACGGCCAAGUACGUCGGCGCCGUCUCCAUCCAGCCGAAGGACAUCGUGUACCCGGAUUUCCGCGAAUGGUUCGAGACGGUGUCCCCGUUGAACUUGCCGGAGAUGUGGUUCUGGGGCUUCAUCGAGCACCGUUUCCAGUGUGCCCUGUCGCAGAAGAGCAAGCUCGUCUACGGCAAGAUGUGCAGCGGGGACGAGCUGUUGGACGUGGCCAGGCUGGGACGUAUGACACGUGCCGGCUACCUGUCUAGAGGUGUCGAGCGUCUGCUCUUCGCCAUGGACGCUGUCUACAAGCGGCUGUGCCCCGCGCAGACCGGGCUUUGCCCCGAAUUCUACGCGAAUGGCCGGAAGGCAAUCAGCGAGCAACUGCGUCGUGCCCCCGUCGAGGACGACGUCGAGAUGUUCGAAUGGAUGGAGGGCAGGGACGGGCGACCGGCGUACCACCUGAUCGGAAACUGGAGUGCGCACUCGGGGCUCAAGAUGCAUGCCCUGUAUAAGCCCUUCGGCCGCUCAUCUCCAGUCGUCUCGAAAUGCGUGCCGCCACUCUGCAAAUGUUUCCUCGAGGGAGACUUCUUCCAGCGUCCAUUGGACAACUUCGUCGCCGGCGGCAUCGUCGAGCGGGACUCUGGCGCUUCCUACGUCCGAAAGCAGCCCGCCUUUGGCGCCGACACUGUCCAAUACACUUCGAUUCUCGAACACCUCAGCGCCGGCGAAUGGCGAGCCCAUCCGCACAACUUCGUCCUGUUGGCUGUCAUCUCCUUGCUGACAAUCUCCGCCCUCGCCGUGCUCAUCCUCGUGCUCGUCAAGCUGUACCUCCGCGUCGUUAAAGGCAAUCAAUCGCUCGGAAUUUCGCUGCUUGUCGGCAUUAUCCUCCUCUACAUCACGGCGUAUUUCUUCGUUUUUGACGCCACUGACAUGGUCUGCCGAGCCCGCGUCAUCCUCCACGGCAUGGCCUACACCAUCUGCUUCGGCGUCAUGAUCGCCAAGGGAGCCCAGCUGCGCAACGCCGAGACGCUCUACUCGACCUCGCACGUGCACAUCAGCUUCUGGAACUACUGGCUGCUGCUGUUCUUCAUCUUUGGCGUGCAGAUUGCGCUCUCUGUUCGCUGGGCCGCCGAGCCGUUCCUCUCCACCUGGAGCACGUCGGAGGACUUUUCGCGCAUGGUUUGCUCGUACGGGAAGAUGGAAUUCGUCGCGUCGAACGCGUACGUCGUCAUCCUGCUCGCGCUGGCCCUGUUCAUCAAUAGCCGCAACAGGAACAUCAAGCGCAACUAUAAGGAGACCAAGUGGCUGUGCGUGUCCUCGUUGCUCUGCGCCCUGAUUUGGCUCUCCUGGAUUUCGGCGUAUUUCGUCGUGCCCUACGAGUGGAAGGAGAGCGUCAUCGCGCUCGAGCUGAUCGCCUGUGCGACGGUGCUGCUGGCCUUCCUGUUCGGGCCCAAAAUCUAUAUUUUGCUCUCCUACGAGCCGGUCGUCGUCGAGUACAAGGUCGACUACGAUGCGCCACACGGGCCCAAGUUGGACCUUUUCGAAAAUGAUGAAGAGCGAGCCUCCCCGAUCCGAGCCGUCUCCCCGGCCUCAUCCACCGGCUCUUGGGAGAAGACAUCUGGCCGUGGGACCUCCUCCAUCAGCGGCAGCACGUCAAGUCGAGGCCGCCGUACCAUUCACUCAACCACCACCUCAAACGCACCCACGCCCAACGGCCAUCUCAGCGACGAUCAGUCGCCCAUAUUCCACACAGUGAUGCGAAAGAAGAAGGCCGUCCGCCGCACGCAUUCCGAGCACGACAGCGGGCGUAAUGUGAUCCAUCCCCGACCGGACGUGCCCGUGAUCCGUGCCGUUCGAUCGCCGGUCGACCGUGUCCGCUCUCCGAUGGGCUCCCAU